UUUUUGCAUUUCCUUCGUUUUGAAACUCCGAAUCAAAUGCGAACCGUACGAUCAAAAUCAACCCUUGUGAUCUUCAUCGCCUUCCUUCUUCUCACAUCAGCACCAUCUCCUACCCAAUCCCUAUUCUUCUCCUUUUACAAUCACUAUCGAAACCUCUCAUCUCUCGCACACUCCCUCUUCAACGGCGUCGCCAACCUCCGCUCCUCACGUGGCGAUGUCGCCGGCGCCGACCGAGCCAGGGGCAUCGCCGACAAGCUGGAGCGGGGGCUGGGCUUUGGCUUCUGGAGGAUCAUGUGGUCCACUUGGAUGUGGACGUGGAGGGAAUUGCCCCUUACGGAACUCUACGGCGCCGUUUCGGACAUGAACGAGUUGCUGAGUGGCUUGACUGAGUUGACUCGCAUGGAAUCGGCCGCGCAAAGGUCUGCUUGGGUUUCCCGAAAUUACCAAAAUGUCCUCACCGUCUCUAAAUCGCUCUAUCGCAAGCUCCUUAAAGCGUUUGGCCAAUCGGAACUGAUGGAGACGUUGCAAAUAGAGGUGGUGGAAGGUGGGUUAAUCAGAGAUUGCCUUGAAUUGGGUAGCAAUGAUUUCAAGGCUUUGAUUCAGGUUGUCAAGGAUUUGGUAUUGCAAUUUUUCCCUGUUCAUGAUAAAGACCCUGAACUAUAACUAGUAAAUAGUAAUGCGUAAGUAUUUGGACCACUGAUGAACUUUUAGAAUUUUGACUUUAGUUGCUUUUGGACUGGUUUUGAGCUAUGCUGGUAGCCCUAGGCACUUCCUUAUAAGUGACCCAACUCAAUUGCUUUUGUUUGUUUUCAGUUUGUUUCUCUUCGAAUACAAGAUUCCAGCGUGAACCAAUCUAUGUAUAUUUAAGGAGAUAAUUUUAUUUCCUGUCCAUACAUAAGAGUGUGGAGCCAUGUAAAGGGAAGAGGGAAAAAAAAAAAAAAAACUAGAAU